CAAAAUUAUAUAUACAUGAAUAUGAUACAAAAAAACUUUACAUUAGUGUUGCACCAAACCUAGGCGGGUCUUAAAUAUGUGCAUGCUGAAGUGUCUCCUAGGUUGCUUGUUGUUGCUGGCAUUAAACAAAGGAUCCUAUCAAUAUGAGAUCUAUAUAUCACAGAACGAAAAGAAUCUGAUAUCCAACGCAAGGACAAUUCUCCAAAAAUUGGAAAAUAUUUUGAACGGAGAGAAAUUAUGUUCACAAGGAUGGGAAGAAUAUGAAGAUCAUUGUUAUCGGUUUAAUACUAAGAAGAUGAAAUGGCAUGAAGCUGAGGUUGAAUGUAGGAAGCAAGAAGGAUACCUGUUGAAAAUAGAAGAUGCAAAUGAGUUUCGAUGGAUAGUUGCCCGAGCGAAAGCUUAUUCUGUAGACGACAUAUGGAUAGGUUUACGAAAAACCAAUAACAAGUGGAAAUGGGUUGUUGAUGAGCAAACAAGCCACUAUCAGAAAUGGAAUAGUGGCGAACCUAAUGGUGAUGGUCCUUGUGUUCACAUGUGGUCCUAUUUCACGUAUAACUGGAACGAUGUGACUUGCAACAGACAGUGCUCUUUCGUAUGUGAACAAAGAUGAUGAGUCACUGAUUUCCUGAUCGAAAGUUUUUAAAGAAAUAAGAAAAAGAAGACAUAUACCAAUCACUGCUAUCCAAAUAAACAUUAUAGAAGCCAA